AUGUAUCCUGAUGAGUCCGUACAUAGCACUUCUGAACCUUCUGACGAUUCGAGCUCUGGAGGGUUCCACGUUCCUUUUGACACACUGUCAGCGUCUACAGUAGAAGCAUUGCUGAAAGGAAACAGGAUGCAAACUGGGGACAGACUGGAGUUUGUUAGGGUAAUCGUGGCGAUGCUGACGAAGGGAGGAGUGAGACCGAGAAGAUGCAAGCUUAAAGAAGUGGCUGUAUUCCUUGUGCAGAAAUAUCCACAUUCACUUGAAGACCGCACAAUCACUGGCCGUACCCUCGGGAGUGGGUACAGCUCACUUCUGCAGCAGCAGCUAGAAAACCGUGUAGAGAAUGCUUCACGAGGACAGAAGGCUGCAUUAGAGGCAUUGGGUGAUGGGAAGCUGCCUAAGCGGCAAUCAAAAACAGCGUACGGAUGUCAGAACUGGCAGCCCUGCUCCAGCGGCAUUACAAAAGAAAGAGUUGAAGAACUCCAGGGCUGGCUCAAACUAGAAGUCCAAAAACCAGAAAGUCUUGUUGACAUGGCAACGGCAUCUCUUGCUAUGCAGGAUACAUAUUUUGCGCAGCGAUUGUUCAUUAACUCACAAGGACCAUCCCACAGCACUGCUGAGAUAAAAGAAGCAUGGCCCAUGCUUUUCAGGAACUACUUCUUCAUUGCUCACGCACGGCAACUUGUCCUAAACGAUUCACACAAGGAUUUUGUGGCAUUGUUUCGGAGUGGAGUACGCGCACAUGCCCAUAACGCAGUCGCAGCACUCGGGAAUAGUGGAAAGCCCCGGAUCCAGCACUGGCUUGCCCUCUUAGACAUCACACGACAGCGGAAUGCUCAGAUUGAAGAUCUUGAAGAAACUAUUCUAGUUCCCCUCCUCGUAAACUUCUUCAAUGAGGAUGAGGACUACAUGCUUCACACACUUGAUGAAGGCUACAGCAUCACAGACAGCCUUGAACAGCUCCCCUUCACUCCUGUGGUUGUUAUGCUAGGUGGUGACUUUUUCAGUCGCAACAUUUUUUUCGUUGUCGUGGAACGGCUAAUACUGUUCGAAGCUGUUCGCACCUUCCUUGCUGCCGCAAUGCUGAUGUUUGCUGCGUACUUCGUUCUAAACAUGGAAUAUCCACGAUGUUUAGGGGCUUCUCUGGAAUUCAUUGAAAGGCACAUCAUGAACAUGCCAGAGGAGCGGGGGACCAAACAAGUGAGGAAGUCUCAAUCGAGAAAAGCACUGAAGCUAAUUGAGCUGUUACGUCUAGAGAAAUAA